AUGGCAUGCGAUCAGAAAGCUGCCAGUCGAGCUGUCGCGAGAAUCAUUCCGGCUUUUCUAGGUGGGCUUCUUAUCUAUAGCUGCUAUUCUAUUACAAAGGCCUUAUGCAUUGAUUACUUGAUUAAGCCGGCUGCGGUGACCGGGCUACGCCCACGCAUCAGCGUUGCUAUCGGAUUAUUGGUUACAUUUUACAUCUUGUUCUUCUUCUUAGUUACGACAUACCUUCGACUACUCAGCACCGUUAUCUUUUCCCCCGGUUACCUUCCAAGAGGACCACAAUGGUCGAGCUCAGAUAAGCAUGGGAAGCGCAAAGGAGAGAAAGGACAUAAACGCCCCGAUAGCAGUGAUCGAGAGAAGACUGAAGUUAUACCAUAUGCUACACUGGGCGAGUCUAAUGUAAAUGACGAAAAGAACGCACAUCCUUUCGAUACUGCCGGCUUAGAAGCAUUUUACAUGAAAGAUGUCUUCGUCUGCCAGCAAGACGGAAAACCGCCAUGGUGCUCUACUUGCUACCAAUUUAAAACGGAUCGGUCACACCAUUGCAGCGAAGUCAACAGGUGUGUAAGGAAAAUGGAUCACUUCUGUCCCUGGGUAGGCGGUGUGGUCAGCGAGACUUCAUUCAAGUUCUUCAUUCAGUUUCUGUUCUACGCGAUGCUGUUUGUUACCUUUAACGGAGUUGUAAUGGCCGUUUUUGUUGCUGAACAUAAAAAGAUGUUCGGAACAUUGAAUAUACACUGGAUGGUUGUUCUGGCAUCCUCUGGUUUCUUUGGGCUGUUCUUGGCAGGAAUGCUUAUAAGCUCCCUCCAGAUAGCAUUCCGUAACUCCUCCACGAUCGAAAGUCUUGAUUGGAGUAGUAAAGUUUGGACGUUGGCUAUCUUAAUUCCUAGGCCCCUAGACCUCGACAACCUCCCUCCAAACAGCCGGCCACCAUUUCCCGUUGUCUGCUAUCCUACAUCCGCUGCCCAACCUGGGGUUACAAAUGGGGGGGACAACUCACCUCGUCGUCAAUUUGCCAUAUUACAUACACGUCCCGGCGAAAACCCGUUUGACCUUGGGGACCCCUUUGCGAACCUUAGGGAAGUCAUGGGCUAUAGUGUGUUUGACUGGAUUUUACCCAUAAAACAUAGCCCAUGUGCGUCUCAUAAUCGGCAGGACAGUAUGUACGCCCUCGGUCCUGUCGUCCAACGGAUGAAGAGGGAAGCAGGCUUAUUGGAAACUCCCGCUCGUAAGUCCGGCCAUCACUCUUACAGGACCAAAAGAAGGCGUAGGGAUGGAAGAUCCAGCGACUCCGACCCAUCGUCCUCACGGUCCACUAGCAGUCGGUCACGCGACGAGAGAAUCAAAACUAACCGAAAACAAACAAAGGGCUCUCCUAAGUCCCAUCGUCGUUCCCGCGAUGGAGAUAGAUCGAUCCGGAACAAUAGGCUGGCUGUUGAGGGUGUUUGA